ACCCUUCGUCAAAUCAAAAUCUAGCGCAAUUCUAUCUCUAAACCCUAGUUUCGCCCCCAAAUUGUUCGUUGAAAUCACUCCCUGAGUCUUCUAAUCUCCAGAUUUGAGCUCAGAAUUCAUCGAAAAACAAGGAAGGCUGAAUUUUUUCAUGAUUGGGCAAAUUCGGUUCUCUCGCGUCACUUUUUAACCUCGAAUUCACUUUUCUGGUGAUUUUGUUGGAGCUGUGGGUGAAAGAUAUUGGAUUUUCGCAGUAUUGAGUUAUUGGAUGCAAAGUUUUGGUUCGAAGAAGCUUGGGAUGAAAUAAAAUGAUUUGAACCAUUUUUGUGUUUGUACCUUGCCUAAAAUAGUGGCUCACUGUGGUUUUUGGGUUGGUGCAAAGUCCUUUCAUAGAGCUGAGUGAAGAUUUGAUUUGAAGGAACUACCAUGGACUAUGGGCUUUCUGAUAGCAGUGGAACAGAUGAUGACCUCCCUCCAUCACACCAAAAUAGAUUUCAGAGAGGUCAGGCAGCAGUGAAUGGAAGACCUGCAAUUGUCGGCUCUGCUCCAUCAUUACCAAGGGUGCAAGGUGACAUGGAAACUCAAAUACACUUCAUUGAGCAAGAAGCAUAUAUUUCCGUUUUGCGGGCCUUCAAAGCUCAAUCAGAUGCCAUAACUUGGGAAAAGGAGAGUUUAAUUACUGAACUUAGAAAGGAGUUGAGAGUAUCUGAUGAGGAACACAGGGAGCUUCUAUCAAGAGUUAAUGCUGAUGACGUAAUUCGAAGGAUAAGGGAAUGGAGAAAGGCAGGUGGGCUCCAGCCUGGAAUGCUCGGUACCACUCAGCCUGUUCACAACCCCGUACCUAGUCCUACUGCUUCAGGAUCACGCAAGAAGCAAAAAACAUCACAGUCUGUGGCUUCAUUGUCUAUGGGAGCACCAUCUCCUGCAUUGCAUCCUUCUAUGCAGCCAUCAUCAUCAACCCUGAGACGAGGCCCUCCUCCAGGGGCUAAGAGCAAGAAGACAAAAUCUCAACCCUCUGCAGCUCUUCCUGGAAGAUCCCAGCCUGUUAAUCGUGGCUCCUCAGGGCCCUUUGUAACAAAUGGACCUGCUGGGGCAGCAACCCAUGAUCAAUUAAUUGGAAAGAAAGUUUGGACAAGGUGGCCUGAAGACAACCAUUUUUAUGAGGCUGUUAUAACUGACUAUAAUGCAGAUGAGGGGCGUCAUGCUUUGGUUUAUGAUAUAAAUACAGCAGAUGAAACAUGGGAAUGGGUCAAUCUCAAAGAGAUUUCUCCUGAAGAUAUUAGAUGGGAAAGUGAUGAUCCCAGAAUUUCCCGUAAAGGUGGUCGCCCUGGACCAGGCCGUGGCAUUAAGAAGUCCAUGCCACGUGGUGGUGGUGUCACUGGUGCAGGAAGAGGUAGAGGAACUAUAAAGGGUCAGCCCAAGAAAGAUUUUCCAUUGUCACAAAAUGGGGUUGGUAGAAAGGCUCUGGAUGAUAUUGAGAUACUUCACACCGAUACUUUAAUUAAGGAGGUAGAAAAAGUUUUUGGUGCAAGUCAUCCCGAUCCAACAGAGAUAGAGAAAGCAAAGAAAGUGUUGAAAGAGCAUGAACAAGCCCUAGUUGAUGCAAUUGCAAGGCUUGAAGACGCAUCUGACGGUGAAAGUGAUGGAGAGCAGCCAUUCUCACAAGGACAAUCUCUGGAUCAAGAUCGACCAUGGAGAAAACGACAGUAUGAUGAGGUGGGUGAAGGACGAACAAUUGAAAGAUCAGAUGCAAAUAAAAUGGCUAGAGAUGGUCACCAAGAUGUAGCUGAUGCUAUGCGAUUUUAGAUCUCAGAUUUCUUUGUACUAAUAGUCCUUGGCUUGUUGCCUUCUUAGUGGGUUGAUUAGAUUUAGCCUUAAUGUAAGUUGGGUUUUUUUUUUUUUUUCUUAUUAACUCGAAUCUAGGAAAACCUGUAUAAAAUUUUCUUUAACAGUGAAUAAACUUGACCAUGUUUUCGCUUUCAUAAGAUUUUGCUACCCUCUUGUUCCAUCAAGAACAUCUGAGCAGAGUACAGAACAUGGCUAUAUCUUCUGUUCCUGUUGGAUCAAGACGUAAUUAGAAUCCUGUACCAGAUAUUGCAACAUUUAUUGGAAUCUGGUUUUUUCACUGUGAUGUAACAGGGCUGCACGGAAUAUGAAUCAAAGUGUCUAAUUCCUGCAAAUAAAGCAAAGAUAUGAAU